AUGGCAUCGAAUGGUACUCACAACGACUUCAUCAACAUCACAACUCCACAUUCCCGGGCGCCCAGCAUGGUUCAGGAAACGCCAGCGUCCGCGCCGCGGCCGCGCUUGUCAGUCAGGAAACAAGCGCCUCAGAGGAACAUUGACGAAUUCUGGAACAAGUUUACGACCAAACAUCCCGGCAAGAUCUUUACGAUCUUACCCGACAACCUGUAUGCGAAGCGUGCCGCCGCACAUGCGCCGAGAGGAUCCAUACCCGGUGUCAAUGCGCUUGCAUCCUACGAGGAGGCCAAAGAAGCUUGCACUAGAAAGGUUGACAAGAUCGUCAAGGAAUGCCGGCGAUUGAAUCAAAAGUAUCGAGAUCCGCAUUUCGACAUCGAGGCGGACUUCAAACGAUCGCAAGCACUUCCUGACACACCAGCCGACUGUCUGACUGGGCUCAAUGAAGACAAGACCGAUUUUCAUCCCUUAUCGGUCAAGAGAGUUGAGGACAUUUUCGACGAACCACGAUUCUAUAUUGGAGGCGCUACAGCGAACGAUGUACGGCAGGGCAACGACGGCGACUGCUGGUUCAUGUCAGCGCUGGCAACAAUUUCGAACAAGGAAGAAUUGAUACAACGGGUAUGCGUUGCACGCGACGAGCAGGUUGGUGUAUACGGCUUUGUCUUUCACAGAGACGGUGAAUGGAUAUCCGAAGUUAUCGAUGACAAACUAUACCUGAUCAAAGAAGACUUUGACGAAGCCAAACUCGAGCGCUAUCACUGGCUGGAGCUCCAGAACCGCAAAAGCCCUGAAGACGAAUAUCGUACCGUAAUGCAGACCGGUUCGCGAGCGUUGUACUUUGCACAAUGUAGCGAUCCCAAUGAGACGUGGCUGCCAUUGCUCGAAAAGGCUUUUGCCAAAGCACAUGGUGACUAUAGUGCCAUCGAUGGUGGCUUUGUUGGGGAAGGUAUCGAGGACCUCACUGGGGGUGUCACGUCAGAAGUCUUCGCGACCGAUAUUCUGGACAAGGACAAAUUCUGGCGCGAAGAGCUCAUGAACGUCAACAAGACGUUCCUCUUCGGGUGUGGUCAGAUGGGCGGUAUCUACGGUGCCCGCAAGGGUAUCCAGGAGAAGCACGCAUACUCCGUCAUGGAGGCACGCGAAAUCGAUGGCCAGCGCUUGUUGAAGCUUCGAAACCCCUGGGGCCGGACCGAGUGGACUGGCCGUUGGAGCGAUGGAUCGGAAGAAUGGACCCCGGAAUGGAUGAAGAAGCUUGAUCACAAGUUCGGCGACGAUGGCGUCUUUUGGAUAUCUUACAAGGACCUGCUGCGCACCUAUCAACACUUCGAUCGCACUAGGCUCUUUGGUCCGGAAUGGACGGUCUCUCAGCAGUGGACAAGUGUCAACGUUCCUUGGACUGUCGAUUAUCUCGACACCAAAUUCAAGAUACACCUCGCCAAAGGCGGCCCGGUCGUUAUUGUCCUCAGUCAGCUUGAUGAUCGAUACUAUCAAGGUCUUGAAGGGCAGUAUGAGUUCAAUCUGCAGUUCCGCCUACACAAAGACGAUGAAGAGGAGUACAUUGUUCGCAGCAACGGUACAUAUUAUAUGAAGCGCUCUGUCUCUACAGAGCUUGACCUCGAAGCGGGCAACUACACCGUCCUGCUCAAGAUUAAAGCAACACGAAUCCCGGAUAACCCAACACCGGACGAAGUUAUCCGAUCCACGUGUACCAAGCGACGCGAGAAGCUUCUAUCAAUCGGGCUUUCUUACGAUCUUGCCCAUGCUAAGGGGCAGUUCAGGGAGCAAGAGAAGGACAAGGUCCAAUAUGAGAAGGAGCAGAAGAUUGAGCGAAAAAAGGCCGAGCUCAAGCAAGCCCAUGAACGUCGCAAGAGGCUACGCAGAAAGGCCGAGCUGCGCGAUCAGAAGAAAGCGGCCAAAGAGACGCGCAAACUCAACCGGUCUGGUGACAUGGCAGAAGUUGAGAGGAAGCUACAAGACCUGUCUGGUCUUGGAAUCAACGUCGACGAAGACAAUCGUACCUCUGGUGACGAAGAGGCUAAGCCUGUUCACCAAGCCGUCUCCAGGCACCAUCGUGCAUCCAGCCUUGAUCCACUCCGUGAACGCUCGGCAAGUCCUAGUGGCGGUUUCGGUGGUCGAGGUGGAUAUAACAAAGGCCGAGACGGCUACAACGCAUCGCUUCCUGGAGCACUCCAAGGUCGUGGCGGCUACAACCGCGACAGUCACGGCUCUACAACGUCUGAGGUUCCGAUCCUUCAGGGACGAGGCGGGUAUAAUCAAAGCCAACAAGCUUCUCCUGCUGCCCACAAUCAAGGCUUUCAAGGACGCGGGGGCUACAACCAGAAUAUGCCGGGUGAGUUUCAAGGGAGAGGAGGUUACAAUCAAAACAUGCCUGGAGAGCUCCAGGGUCGAGGAGGCUACAACCAAAACUUACCUGGGGAACUUCAAGGCCGGGGUGGUUACAAUACCGAACUGCCUGGCACCUACCAAGGUCGCGAUGGGUAUAACGAAAGCCAAACGACGGACUCACCAAUACCUACACCAUUGCCAACACCUCUUCCAACCCCGAUGACGGAUGAGUUCCAUCCUGGAACCCCUGGUCCAAGGACCUAUAGCCCUCGUCCUGAGCGCCGAUCGCCAGCUGCCUCUCGCCGGGCCACACUUACCCCUAUCCCUGGUGUCCGACCUGGUAUCCAGGUAACCCGUGGGCGAAGUGCUAGCGACUACUCCCACCGCGCUCAGCAUGGAAUGCACUCGCCUGACGAUAUGUCAGACGACUCUUCCUGGGAUUCUGAAAUCGAUGGCCCUUGCUCGCUCGAUUCUGACAUUUCCGACAAUGAAGAGAACAUUCCACGCAUAUUCUCCGAACGUCAACCCCGAUACGUAUGGUACAACGGUGCGCGCUACCCAUACAUCGAAGAUGAGGAUGAGUUCGAGCGCGACCCCUGGAACGCUGUCUGUGUCGUCGGUCUUCGCGUCUUCAGCAAGGAUAACACCGACGUCACGAUCGAAGUGCACAACGGUGAGGGUGAGUCCAGAAAGAAGUCUGAUGGAGAUGAUGCGAGUGUGGCGAGCAUGGGCACGGUUAGACGUAAAGAAAAGGCGCUUGAUGUCGACGACAGUGCCGCAGAUGCUACAAGUCCGAUGCGGACGAGGAGUACUGGUCUUGAUGAUGAACUGAGCGCACGAUUGAAUCGGACUGAGGAGGCGGAGCUCGUAAGCCAUGUUGGUAGUGCGCCGGCAGGCAUGGAGAGGAGUCGUCAGGGGACGUUGAGUUGA